UUUGCUCCGCGGUGUGAGUCCGGUCCUUCCCGGUGUGAGCAGCGCGUGUCUUCGCCCUGAGCAGGGAUCGAAACCGGCGUUCCUUUCAACUGCGGCGUCGGUGGUUGUGUAGCAGCAGGCCCCGACGCUGUGGCGGUGUUGCGAUGGCAGGUCUGAGGAGCAGAGCUGGAGCACCGAGCGGCCGGCGGAGAGCACUGGCCGCUGCCUUCACUGUCCUCCCGCUGUUGCUGCUCACCUGCUGCGUCAGGUGUGUGGAAAGCUCCAAGCCCAGCAACAUCAUCGUCGUGCUGGCCGACGACCAGGACGUUCAGCUGGGGGGGAUGAUGCCGAUAAAGAAAACGAAAGCUUUGAUAGGAGCUGCAGGAGCAACAUUUGUGAACGCUUUCACAGUCACGCCGCUGUGCUGCCCCAGCAGAAGCAGCAUCCUGACAGGUCGCUACCCUCACAACCACGAGGUGAGGAACAACUCUCUGACCGGGAACUGCUCCAGCGCUCUGUGGCAGAAAGGCCCCGAGGCUGAGGCCUUCCCCAUCUACCUCAGCAAGCAGAAAUACCAGACGUUCUUUGCUGGAAAGUAUCUUAACCAGUAUGGUAAGAAAGAGGUCGGAGACGUCGCCCAUGUUCCACCUGGCUGGGACCAAUGGCAUGCACUGGUGGGAAACUCACAAUACUACAAUUACACACUGUCAGUCAACGGGAAAGCGGAGAAGCAUGGUGACAGUUAUGAGAAGGACUACCUCACAGACCUCAUAGUGAAUCGGUCCCUUCGCUUUCUGGAUGACAGAAGUCCUCAGCAUCCGUUCUUCCUGAUGCUGUCUCCUCCGGCUCCUCACUCACCCUGGAUGGCAGCACCUCAGUACCAGAAGAUGUUCAGCGACGUUCAGGCUCCUCGAGACGGCAGCUUUAACAAGCUGGGGAAGGACAAACACUGGCUGCUGCGUCAGCCCGUCAACCCCAUGCCCAACAGCUCGAUCAACUUCCUAGAUGAUGCCUACAGGAAAAGGUGGCAGACUCUGCUGUCUGUGGAUGACAUGGUGGAGAUGUUGGUGAAGAAACUGGACAGUAUGAAGGAGCUGGACAACACCUACAUCUUCUACACAUCAGACAAUGGCUACCACACAGGUCAGUUCUCGUUACCCAUCGAUAAAAGGCAGCUGUAUGAAUUUGACAUCAGGAUCCCGCUCAUGGUCAGAGGUCCUGGUAUCAAACCGAACCAGACGUUGCAGGCUCCGGUCCUGAACAUCGACCUGGCUCCCACCAUACUAGACAUAUCUGGUGUGAACCUGUCGACUGUAAACGUAGAUGGACAGUCUUUCCUUGCUCAGAUGGCUCCGUCACUGCGUAAUGGAACGGCACGACCGUUUUUCCUGGUUGAAUACACUGGAGAGGGACAUCCAACCACAGACCCAGCUUGUCCUAAACUCGGCCCCGGGCUGUCUCAAUGUUUCCCAGAUUGUGUGUGUGAAGAUGCCUACAACAACACAUAUGCCUGCGUCAGGACUCUCGACAGCAAAAACAACCUGCAGUACUGCGAGUUUGCUGACAGCGAGUCGUUUGUAGAGGUGUAUAACUUGACAUCGGACCCGCACCAGCUGGAGAACAUUGUGAAGAAGGUGGAUCCUACUAUUCUGCAGGCCAUGAACCAGCGGCUCAUAAAGCUGCAGUCUUGUGUGGGCGACAGCUGCCGCAACAUCGACUAAUGAGGAAAGAGAUCGAUGACGAGGCUGCCAAUUACCAAAGACCAUACUGUACUGAGAGUAGAGGACGGGGUCUGUUUUUUUUUUUUUUUGAACUUUUUAUUUAUUCCACAUAGGUAAAACAGAUGAAGAUGUACAAAAAUCACACCACCACAAUUUACAAACUACUCAGUCCAUAUCUUGUUACCUUCAGUCAUAAAUACAUAUAUCUCCUUUCCGUACAAGCCAUACACCAGUCAAGAUUACAUAUUUUACAUAGAUACCAAUAAGUCUUCAAUUCUGACUUCUAAUAUUCACUGGCACGGGUAUGUACGCAACCAUAAAGCUACUUAUAUAAAUAAAAUAAGUGCACUGAGAGCAAAAAAAAGGGGGAGGUAUUUAGAGCUCUGGCAUCGCUUGUAUAAUCGGUUUCCAUCUUCUCUCAAAUUUUCCUAGUUUCAGUUGUAGUCUUGCUGUAAUUUUUUCCAUCAUAAAAAACUUUUUUACUCUGUCUGUCCAUUGUAUUAUGUUGGGGGGAUGUGGUUUCAGCCAACUGAUUGUGAUCAUUUUCUUUGCUAUCAAGAGCAGAACUCUCAAAAGGUAUCUACUAUCUCUGUCUAUCAGAUCCUCAGGUAGUAUCACAAGUAUGUACAGGGUUGGGUCAAGAUGGAUGAACGGGGUCUGUUUGUAUGAACUUCUAUCACAAGUAUGAUGCCAUGUUUCAGAAGGAAAAAAAUGAUGUAACUAAUGACACAAGACAUGGCUGACUUCUAUUUAGCUGCAUUCAGUGCCAGGGCCCUGGUGUUGUGUAGAACGGAUUUUGGGGAAAUUUGAUCUUUUGAUGAUAUUUAGAUGUUUUUGCAGCAAAUACGGAGCCAUAGUUGUAAACGUGAUAAAUGACAGUUUUAAUAGGGUUUGCGUGCCAGACUGUUUCUCAGCCAGGUUCAAUAACGUAACACAGUAAAACUGUGAUUUGUUGUUUUAAUACUUCAGAUUUUGUCGCUCAGCCACAUUUUUAUUCAUGUCACCUGAACUUUCCCUUUUACACUGUUGCUGUUUUUUCUGAGUUGUGCUCAUUUAUUUAAUCCUUUGAAGAGUUUAGUAUAGUUUCUUUUAAGUUGGGGUUGACUGAUAUGAAUGUUUCAGAGUCACUACAGACUGCAAGUAAUCAAGGACACCAAUACCGAGGUUUGAAACUGAUAUACUGUUCCAGAAAAAAUUAAAACUGCGGUGUCAAAAUUCACAAUAACAGAAAGUCUAACAAAACUUCAGUAUAAUGUCUUCUCUGAACCCCAAGACCUGCAAGCGGGUUUGUAAAGAAUGCUGCCUUUAAAAAAAAAUAUUGCCAAAUUAAUGACACUUCUCAGAGCCAGAAACUGAAUCAAAAGGAAUGAUGGAUUUUCAUUUUUCCGAUGGACCUUGAACUACUCAUCUGUGAUGUUCUAUCAGCAAAAUUAACCAAAUCUAAGCUUAAAAUUGUGAUAUUUAAACAAAAUCUAAUUAUUCUACAUGUUUUAUUUUUUUUAAAUCGCCAAAAAUUCAUGUUAUUUAAAAAAUACCUCACCAGAAAUAAAUAGUUUACACUAACCAGAAUCUCAGCUGUUACCAAUAGUCACAUUACCAAAAAAUUAGUCUUUUAAAAAAAAAAAAAGUAUUUUUUUGAGUUUUCAGGUGAACUGCUGACUGUAUUUACACACAACAAAAAAGGCAGUUAUAAAAACAAAUUUUCAAGAUAGGCACAUGGGAAAAUGUACAUUUUCCAUUUUGUUUCAAUGUUUGUAAAGUGGAUAAUCAAAGAAAUUCAUCUCUACAAAAAUGAUUUGUCGCAACAUAACUGUCAUACUGGAUAGAAGACAUUUUAGACAUUACAAAAGACACAGCUAGAUGUAGAGUUCUUUUUUACUUCAAGUCAUGGUUGUGUUGGUUCUAUGGAGAUGCAUCACUUUAUAUUGCAAUGAAAACUUUGUCCACAGUGAGGAAAAAAAUGUAAUGACAGGAGCAAAAAAAAAUGAAGGCUAAAAUUUGGUUGGAGUUCAUAAGGUUAAAUAAAUUUUAUUUGGAAUGUGUUAAAAAACAACCAAAACGCUAAUUUGAAAAUUGCUCCGUUGGAUCCAGCUAGGCUGUUUAUCGUCCACCCCUACUUCAAAAAUAAACCUGUCCUCAUCUAUGGUGGGAUGUUUUUCUACGUAUAAACUGCACUGAAUGUUCAGGAACAUUUUACCAAUGACCGAAACACAAAAUGUUGUGCAGAUUUUUUUCUUAAACAAUAUACAACCAACGGUUUGUUAGAACACUGGCACACUCUUUGAUUUGUUGCUGAGAGCUCGAUAAGUACAUGGUACCACCAGCAGCUAGUUAGUACAAAAAUGACCCGUUUCUAUUAAUACAUAAAGUUCAGUUGUUUAAUUACUGCAAAAAACUGAAUUGUAAAAAUCACACUUUAUGGUUUUAUGCUCAGCUAACCAUCUGCUGGCUCUAACUACAUAUUUAACGUACAGAGACAAGUAUUUAUCUUCUUGUUUGCUGUGUUGUCACUGACAUGUUCAUGCUCAUAAUUUAAUUUCUGCAGCACUUCAAGUGAAAGUCUGUCGUGAAUGGACACUCUGUCCUGUGUCCAGUAUUUACUGCAAUUUUGUGCCUCAUAUUUGAAGUCUGGACAUUUUAAAACUUUAGCUCUCAUGUAUAAACAUAUCUUACAUACAUACUUACAAUAUUCAUGGCAACUUUUGCAAACAGGCUUGUAACAGUGGGACCUGGAAGAUGUGCUAUAAUACUUUUUCAGAUGUGUUUUCUAAAUGUGAGGAAUCUCCAUAUCAAGGGACCUUUUGCACAGUUUAAUCCUGUGUGCCUUGUUUGCACUGAUUAGGCUCCUAUGUCUUAAAUGUGAAUGAAUUUGCACUGUGACAAAACUGAUUCAAAAUAAAUCAGAAGCAUUUACAAGUGCC